GGUCCUUCUCAUUUGUGUGAGUCAUGCUUUUGCUGUGAGCGAGUUGGCAGCACUAAGCAGGACUGGGAUCUCUGUCACAGAAAACUGUUACUUCACCCAACCUUAACGGGGAACCAUAAGAAAUUUCUUAAGAUACUUAUUUUUUUGUUCUUCCUUAUACUCUUUUAUUUUUUACCCCCAAAUCUUGUUAUCCAUCCGUGUUGUUAUGAAUCGCCUGCUAUGUUAGCACAGGCAUCUCCUGUGUUGGCAUCAGAUUUGCCAGAACAUAUGCAGGAAACCAGAUAGAAGGGCAUGCUUCAACGUACCAAGUAUAACCGCUUCAGGAAUGAUUCGGUGACAUCAGUUGAUGAUCUUAUGCACAAUUUGUCCAUGAACAGCAAGGUCUCAGCAGUUGCUACGGCUUCAACAGCACCUUCAUACCUGGUAUCUCCAGAGGUUCUCCGCAAGGACCAAGAAGAUGGACCCACCACCCUGUGUACCCUCAUCCAUAAAGUGUCCCACUUGAAACUCUCUAACACAGGCAGCCUUUUGGGUAUCAAGAACCUCUCCUCUGCAGUAAAGGAGCUUGCUGUCUCCAAGUUGCAGGGAAGCUCGAGUGCUUCUAGUUCAGCAGCAGGGGCUUCAGACAACACAUGUAACCUCCUUGUCUCUGCUGCUUCGUCUUCUCAGCAGGACGUGAGCAAGAUGAGUAUGGGGAAAAAAACACGGUCAGAGGAAAUGCACCUGGGAGGUGAAGACUGCAAUCAAAGUAGCAGCUUUGUCAAUAAACCCUCUCGAGGAUGGCUGCACUCGAGUGAGAAGAUCCUGGGACCUGGUGUGACGUACAUUGUGAAGUACUUGGGAUGUAUAGAAGUCUUACGCUCAAUGAGAUCUCUUGACUUCAGUACUAGAACACAAAUCGCAAGGGAAGCAAUCAGUCGUGUUUGUGAAGCCAUGCCUGGUGCCAAAGGAGCCUUCAAGAAACGAAAG